UCUCCCCUGGUCACGUGGUGGGGGCGCGGAGCGGCUUCGGCCGUCCGCCAUGUUGUGCGGCCCCGGGCCGGGCCGGGCCGGGGAUGGCGGGGGCCGGCAGCAACUGGCUCUCUGGGGUCAACGUGGUGCUGGUGAUGGCCUAUGGCAGCCUGGUCUUUGUGCUGCUGUUCAUCUUCGUGAAACGCCAGAUCAUGCGCUUUGCCAUGAAGUCCCGCCGUGGCCCCCACGUGCCCGUGGGACAGCACGCCCCCAAGGAUUUAAAGGAAGAAAUCGACAUUCGACUGUCAAGGGUGCAAGACAUCAAGUACGAGCCCCGGCUGUUAGCUGAGGACGACAGCAGGCUUCUGCAGCUGGAGACACAAGGCUGCUAUAACUACCUGUACAGGAUGAAGGCGCUGGAUGCCAUCAGGACGUCUGAAAUCCCCUUUCAAGCAGAGGUCCGGUACCCGAAGUCUUUGAUAGGGAAGAACUUCUGUGCCUACCUGCUGGAGCUGCGGAAUUCCAGCUCCUUCAAAGGCAUCCGCAAAGCCUUGAUCGACACCUUGCUGGAUGGCUACGAGAGUGCCCGCUACGGCACGGGGGUGUUUGGGAAACCGGAAUAUCUGAAGUACCAGGAUGCUCUGAACGAGCUGGCAAACCUGACCAAGGCCCGGGGAGGCAGCAGCCAGCGGCAGCACCAGUCGGCGGCCAAGGACCUCACCCUCUCCCCUGAGGUCUCCAACCCCGCCACCAUCCAGGUCACCUACCUGCCUUCUAGCCAGAAGAGCAAACGUGCCAAACACUUCCUGGAGCUGAAGAGCUUCAAGGACAACUACAACACGCUGGAGAGCACCCUGUGAGCCGCGCGGGGAAGCACUGCUCCGGGGACCUGCUGCCUGCAGAGCCCCUUUCCUGGGCGCAGCCGGUGUCCUGGGUGGCUUUGGCUGCAGUUUGGCCUGUGGGCAGUGGUGGGAGGAAGCGGCUGCUCUCUCAGGUCUCCCUCUUGCACGGUGUCGGAGACCGUCACUCGGCAGCGGCUCCGUUUGGGCCAGCGGAGCUCGGCUCUCGCCAGGAGCCCGUUUGGAAGCAGCGCGCCCGCCUGUGGGACCCGGGGGGGUCAGCCCUGCAGCCUCCUCCACAGCAGGCCUGGGACACGCUUCAGGCUUGAGGCUUUGAGUCCGGCAACGCCUUGGAGCCCUGGCCCUGUGAAUAAACUGAUCAGCUUUAGCUUAUUUAUAAAAGACAUCGAUCCCAGCCAGCGCCCUCUUCCAUCUGCCCUCUUUCCCCGUCACGGCCAGCGGGGGCUGAUGCCGUUUGUCCGUCCCGUCUGUGGGUCUCGGGCUCUGGAGCCACUUGUCUGUUCUUUCCAAAGGGUGAACGCUCUUCUUUUUCCCUGUGGUGCCAUGCCCAGCCUGCCCGUGUGCCCGGGCCACGCACGAGGGGGCCUGGACUGAGUGUAAAUAGUUUGGUGGCCGGUUCUCAGCCACCGUGGCUGCGGUGCCUCUUUGGGCUGUGGUUUCUACUCUUUUCUCCUGCAACCGGGCAUUUGGGGACGUCUUGGGCAGACAAAUACCAGCUUCCAACGUCCUGUCUGUCCUGCCAAGGGGGUGUUUCCUCCCACUCUCACCAGCGCCUGUGUGCCAGCGGCUGCCAAGCCCCCCCGUGGGCGAAAGCUCGUGGCCCCCGACUUGCCGGCUGCGUCCUGCCGGGCCCACGGCAGCGCCCGCUGCUCACCCGUCACCGCAGCGUGUACCGCGUGGGGCCGGGACCCCUGCCCCUCGUCUGGGCCUCUGCACUCUUUUUAAUUGCUGUUUAAUAAAAUGACAGUUAGCCUGA